AAUUUAAAUAAUUACUAAAUAGAUAACAAAAGAAAUGCUAUUUUUUUUUUAUGGAAAGCUAAGACGAUGUCAUAAAAUAAAUUUAAUGAAAAAAAUGAUUUACGAAAUGAUAACAUCAUUGUAAGACUUAACAUUAAAUAUCAAUUUUAUUACUGGCAUUACCAUUGUAUUAUUAAUAUUUUAUUGUCAUUUAUUAAAUUUAAUCUUUCUAUUUUUAAAUUCAUAAAAAAGUGUCGGCUUGACCAACCCAGCUGUUCGGCAAUCUACGAAGAUCUUAGAGUACUUUUUAAUAAGGGUUCCUCAAGCUAAUUAGAAGUUACACGUAUGAGUCUUAAAAAAUUAAACAUUUAACUGUCAAUGAAGCAUUUUUAGGGUUUUAAAUAGUGAACUUCAGCAUCCGUGUGCCUUGCACGUCAGGUACUUAUAGUGUUGGACCCUGGGCAGAGUUGAAUCUUAGAAAGAUUAGUACACUCCUCUAUGACAAAUAAUCAGCUUUAAAAAGCUGUCAACAAUUUUGUGCAAUUAAGUUCUAGUCAUAAAUUUAUAAAUAAAUUGAAGAUCAAUUUUUUUAUUCGUAAUAUUUUUUUAACGAACUAUUCAUUUGAAAAUUUUUGUAUAAUUUGCCUCAAAAAGUUUAGUUCUAGUUCUAGUCCUGGAUUCGUAGGUUCAAAUCCCUAAUAAAUUUUCUUAACCCAGUUCUAAUAAUAUUGAUCACGCAAUUAUAUUGUUUGUUAGUAUUUUACAUUUCUUUAAUAGAUAUCGAGUUAAAGUUUAAAAGAUAAAUACAAGUUUUUCAUCUUUUUAUAAAAUAAUCAAUUAUUAAUACAUGUAUCAAAAAAAAUAUUUUAAUUUGGUAAUUAUAUUUUAUUUGUAAUUUCCUUGAAUAAUAUUUCCGUUACAUUUAUCACGUUAUUAUCAUUUCUUAUCUUAAUAUUUGAAUUUUAUGGGCUCGUUUCUUGGAAUACCGGUAACUGUUCGUGAAAAUAACUUGUGGCACUUUUUUGUUCCUUUGACGUUUAUGUUUUUAUAAAAUUAAUAAAUAUUAUUGCUUACUUUAAUUUUCCUCGUUAUAUUAUAUUAUUCUUUUAUUUUAUUUAUCUAAGUUACAAAUAAUAGUAUUUUAGUUUAGUGUUUCCAAUUAUGAAAAAUACAUUGCAUGUUGAAGUAUUGUUAAAGACUGAAAAGGUUGCUGAUAAACCAGAAUUAGAAAAAGCUGUUAUACUUGAACUAAAAACUAUAAAAUCUAUUGUUCCUGAAUCAAUUCAUAAUACAUUUUCUAUUGAAUUAGUUACUGAAUAUGUCAAACAAAUACAAAUUUGUGAGAUUGAAAAUGUAAUAGGAAAUGAUAAUCAGUUAACAAAAAAGGAGGAGGAAGAUUUUCUACUAGAUCUCAAUGAAUAUACAGUCAAGGUGUAUUUUUUUAAGUUAGAUGAUAGUGUUUUAGCAGAUGAUGGCACUAGUGAAGAUAACACAUGUAAAAUGAGACGUUGUAUAUUACCUAAUGUAGACUUUUGUGGUAUUUGGGAAUCAUUAAUAUUUCAAGAACCAAUCAAAGAAAUUCUUAUGCAUUAUGCUCAAACUGGAAUGAAUUUUGCACGUCAUAAUGUUAAUACAAAUAUAAUAAGUUAUAACCGCCUUAUAUUACUUCAUGGCCCACCAGGUACAGGAAAAACAUCUAUUUGUAAAGCAUUAGCUCAGAAGCUAUCAAUACGAUUAAAUCAACAGUAUAGCUUUUUUGAAUUUAUUGAAAUAAACAGUCAUAAUUUACUAUCCAAAUACUUUUCUGAGAGUGGUUCAUUAGUCAUGUCAAUGUUUCAAAAAAUCCGAGAAGUAUUAGAAUAUGGUGACUCAUUAGUGUUCAUAUUAAUUGAUGAAGUAGAAAGUUUAACUCGAGCUCGUGAUGCAGUUUUAUCCGGUACAGAACCAUCAGAUUCUAUUAGAGUUGUUAAUGCUGUUCUUACUCAAUUAGAUAAUCUUAGAAAAUAUUCCAAUGUUAUAUUUUUAACAACAUCUAAUGUAACUGAAGCAAUUGAUACAGCUUUUACUGAUAGAGCUGAUAUAAAAAUGCUCAUUAACCCACCUCAAGAAAUGGCUAUUUAUACAAUAUUAAAAUCGGCAAUAGAAGAACUUAUAAGAGUUAAUUUGAUUGUUAAUGUAACUGAAAAUGACAAGUUUGAUCGGCUUCAUCCAGGAAAAACUAUUUUAAAUAAUAAUCCUCUCUCAGUAACUCAAAAGUUAUUUGAAAUUUCAAAAGAGAGUGUUGGGUUGAGUGGAAGAGUGCUUAAAAAGUUAACUUUCAUAGCUCAUUCUAUUUAUAUUAGGGAACCUCAAUGUAAUGGUGUUGAUGAAUUUUUAACCGCACUUCUAAAAGCUGUAAAGUAUCAAAAACAACAAGAUGAUGAAUUUAGUAUUUUCAAGAUUUGGUAAAAAUUAUAAUGAAUACUAUUGAUCUUCAAUCAGAACAGGAUUAAACAUGAGGACUAUCUUAAGAGUGUAGCGAUAGCUUAAAACUACUGUUUUUAGGUAUAGAUAAAUAAUG